CCGUUCGCUCACGUGUCCCGGCAGUGCCGGCGCCGCGCAGACAUGUCGGGCCGCCAGGGCAACAAACUGCCCAGCAACCUGCCCCAGCUGCAGAACCUCAUCAAGAGGGACCCCACGUCCUACACCGAGGAGUUCCUGCAGCAGUACCACCACUACCAGUCCCAUGUGGAGAUCUUCACCUUCCAGCCGGACAAGCCCAGUAAGGAGCUGGCCGAACUGGUGAUGUUCCUGGCGCAGGUGGCCCACUGCUAUCCCGAGCACAUGGCCAACUUCCCGCAGCAGCUGAAGGAGCUGCUCUCCUACCACCACACAGUGCUGGACCCCGACCUGCGCAUGACGUUCUGCAAGGCCUUGAUCCUGUUGAGGAACAAGAAUCUAAUAAAUCCUACAAGUUUGCUGGAGCUCUUCUUUCAGCUGCUGCGGUGCCACGAUAAGCUGCUACGAAAGACCUUGUACACUCACAUUGUGACAGACAUCAAGAAUGUCAAUGCUAAGCACAAAAACAACAAAGUGAACACGACACUGCAGAACUUCAUGUACACAAUGCUGAGAGACAGCAAUCCCACUGCUGCCAAGAUCUCUCUGGAUGUGAUGAUAGAACUUUACAGAAGGAACAUCUGGAAUGAUGCCAAAACAGUCAAUGUCAUCACAACUGCUUGCUUUUCCAAAGUAACCAAGGUGUUAGUUGCAAGUUUGAAGUUCUUUCUUGGGAAGGAUGAAGAUGAGAAACAAGAUAGUGACUCAGAAUCUGAGGACGAUGCCCCCACAGCCAGAGAUCUGAUGAUGCGCUAUGCGACCAACAAGAAAACCACCAAGCGCAAGAAGAAAUUGGAGAAAGCCAUGAAGGUCCUCAAGAAACAGAAAAAGAAGAGCAAGCCAGAGGUGUUCAACUUCUCUGCUAUUCACUUGAUUCAUGAUCCCCAAGACUUUGCUGAGAAAUUGCUGAAGCAGCUGGAGAACUGCAAGGAGCGAUUUGAAGUGAAGAUGAUGCUCAUGGACCUGAUAUCCAGGCUGGUUGGAAUACAUGAACUGUUCCUUUUCAACUUCUACCCUUUCGUUCAGAGAUUCCUACAGCCCCAUCAGAGAGAGGUGACAAAGAUCCUUCUGUUUGCUGCACAGGCUUCACAUCAGCUGGUACCACCUGAGAUCAUUCAGUCGGUGUUGAUGACCAUUGCCAACAACUUUGUCACUGACAAGAAUUCAGGGGAGGUCAUGACUGUAGGAAUCAACGCAAUAAAAGAAAUCACUGCGAGAUGUCCUUUAGCCAUGACUGAAGAUCUGCUCCAAGACCUCGUUCAGUACAAGACUCAUAAAAAUAAAAAUGUGAUGAUGUCUGCCAGAACUCUGAUACACCUGUUCCGCUCCCUGAACCCAGAGAUGCUGCAGAAGAAGUUCAGGGGUAAGCCUACUGAGGCCUCGGUGGAAGCCAGGAUCCAUGAAUAUGGAGAACUGGAUGCCAAAGACUACAUUCCAGGAGCAGAAGUACUGGAGGUUGAGGAUGAAAAGGAAAAGGGAGGAACCCAAGAGGAAGAUGGCUGGGAAAGUGCUAGUCUGAGUGAGGAGGACAAUGAAGAUGGAGAAUGGAUUGAUGUGCAUCACUCCUCAGAUGAGGAGCAGCAACAAGUAGCAGAGAAGGUGAAAAGCAUGCCCAUAGAGGAGCGGAAAGCCAAAGCUGCAGCAGUCAGUACGAGCAGGCUGCUGACUCAAGAAGACUUCCAGAAAAUACGUCUUGCCCAACUUUCUAAAGAAAUAAAUUCUGCACCUGGCAAAGCUGCAAAGAGGAAAUACAUUGAAAUAGAUGAUGAAGAGGAAGAGGGCAGGGGGGAGUUGCUUUCACUCAGAGAUAUUGAACAUCUGCAUAAGAAGCCCAAGUCAGACAAGGAGACCAGACUGGCAACUGCAAUGGCUGGAAAAACAGACAGGAAAGAAUUCGUGAAAAAGAAGACAAGAAUUAACCCCUUUGCCAGCUCUUCCAACAAAGAGAAGAAAAAGAACAAGAACUUCAUGAUGAUGAGAUACAGCCAUAGUGUCCGGACCAAGACCAAGCGUUCCUUCAGGGAGAAACAGAUUGCUCUUCGAGAUGCACUUCUGAAAAAGAGGAAAAAGCUGCUGAAAUAAGAGCUGAGGAGAACUUAAUCACCUUUGAAGAAAUAGCCCUGGAAAUACUUGUUUCCACCCACAACCCCCCUGAGGGCAAGAGGGACUGUGGUGCCUUAUGGAUUUACCUCUCUUCAGUUCAGAGUUAAAACUGGAGCUCUUGCAAGCUGAUGGAUUCUGCAUCUAUAGGACAGAUAGAGGCCUUAAACUUGGGAGGGUUUUAAUUUUAUUUUUAAAGCAUUUUGGGGGAGAAGGCGAUUUUCUUUCUAUUUAAUGUAAUUAACAUACAACCCACUGUAAGUGUAAGUAUUAAAAUACACAACCUUAUUGUUAAAAUAUUUGACUUGAGGCAAUUCUUGAAUAAGUAAUGGGAAGCAAAGAAUAUUCUCGUCAGUCUAUAAAGCAUGUGUAGGUCGUGUCUGUGCAUGUCUGAAGGGUGUGGCUGUACAGACUUGAGUAAGGUGUUUGAGCAGCUGUCUUGGACUAAUCUAAUCAGACCAAAUUCUUGUGUAAUUCAGGUAAGCUCAAGUAAGAUCAGUGUUACUGCAGCUCAUGAAGAAAAUAAAAUUAGUAUAUGGGAGAUGGCUUUCAUGUUGCCAUCUAAAUAGGAUGCUACCCUUCUAUGCCAGAGAGAAAAAGGAAUGUUUUCCUAUAUUGGUGGGUCUAAGGGAGGGACUGGCUGGUGUCUCUUGGCAAGUACAUGUGAGAAAAAUGUACAUAUCUGGAUUCUUUAUGUGAGGUUUAACUUGCGCUUCAGCACUGACCUCUGCUGGGACCAUUAAUGGGCUUUGUACCUUCCCCAGCCACCUGUUUUAAUGGACUUGAUAAAUUAUAACUUGAGGGAUUUAUUUAUAACAUCCUUGGUCAAAAUCUGUUUGAAAUGGAUUUCCUUGUGGGGCAGGAACAGGUGCCACAAGCACAGUGUAAUGGAAAAGCAUUUGGUGGGGUGCUUUUUUCCUUUAUUUUUUUGGUAGCUGGGUUACUGCUUAUCUUCUAUGUGGGAAUUAGUGCAGUUUUGCUAUUUUUCAUGUUGAAUAUGUAUUUCUAUUUACUUUAAUUCCUAAUUAUAUUGAUUGUGUA